AUGGAGACAACUGAAGGCGCUGAACUCUGCUUUCCACUGCUGCUCAACACUUCCUGCAGGAAACCUCAGUCCUACGGCAUGCCUGUUAACCUUCUGCUGUCCUUCAUAUCUCUGCUCACUGCAGCUCUCAACCUGCUGGUCAUCAUCUCUAUCUCCCACUUCAGGCAGCUCCACAGCCCCACCAACCUCCUCAUCCUCUCCCUGGCUGUCUCAGAUUUCCUCGUUGGCCUCCUGCUGAUGCCGGUUGGAAUCCUUUUAACAGGGAAUUGUUGGUUCCUGGGUGACCGCAUGUGUAAUCUGUAUUGUAUUAUAGAAUUUAUCAUUACUUCUUUGUCAGUUGGAAAUAUGGUGCUCAUAUCAAUUGAUCGCUAUUUGGCUAUUUGUCAUCCUCUACAUUAUAACACCCGAGUUACUCUGGACAGAACCAAAAUAUGUGUUUGUCUGUGUUGGAUUUACUCUGUUCUCUGUUCUAUUCUCAUUUUUACGGAAUCUCUGAGACAUCCUACUUUGAAUAAUUCCUGCUACGGAGAGUGUGUAAUUGCUUUUGACUGGAUCACCGGAUCUGUGGACUUUGUUUUAACCAUUAUCGUCCCCAUUACUGUCAUCAUAGUUCUAUAUAUAAGAAUAUUUGUGGUGGCUGUGUCUCAGGCUCAAGCCAUGCGUUCCAUUACAUUACAAGGUUCAGUUGGUGUAACUGCUAAGAAAUCUGAGAUUAAAGCAGCCAGGACUCUUGGUAUUGUCGUGGUUGUGUUCCUCAUAUGCCUUUGCCCGUUAUACUUUUCCUUUAUUAAAAGCCAGACUACAUCUUUUACCUUCACAACCUGGCUGUUCUACUGUAACUCUAGUCUAAAUCCAGUUAUUUAUACCUUUUUCUACCCCUGGUUUAGAAAAUCUUUGAAACUCAUUGUAUCAUUUAAGAUACUUCAGCCUGACUCUUGUGAUAUGAAAAUACUUUAG